AUGUGUCCUACGACUCCUGAGGAAAUAAAGAUCAUGAGAAAAGUUCCUUACCAGAGUGCAAUUGGAAGCCUCAUGUAUGCUAUGAUGUGUACGAGACCAGAUAUCUGCUUUGCCGUUAGCAUGAUAAGCAGAUACCAGUCAAACCCUGGUCAACCCCAUUGGAAAGCUGUUAAGAGAAUACUUCGGUAUCUCAAAGGCACUAUGAAUUAUUCGUUGUGCUACCAAAGAAACAAUUCAGAAUUAGAAGGUUACUCGGACGCUGAUUGGGGAGGAGAUAUGGAUGAAAGAAAAUCCACCUCGGGAUAUGUCUUCUUACUCAAUAAUGGAGCAAUAUCUUGGAGUAGCAAGAAACAAACUUGUAUAGCCUUGUCUACAAUGGAAGUUGAAUUUGUGGCACUUUCAGUGGCAGUACAAGAAGCAGCAGGGAUUAAAAGGGUCGUUUUCGGAAUUCGACAUCCUUUGCAACAUCUAAGAGGAAAUGCUGUGAGGGCUUUAAGAAGCCAAGGAGUUCAGGUUGAUGUUCUUGGGGAGGACCUCAAGAGCAGAGCCAUUGAGGAAGCUCGAAAAGCAUGCCUCCUCGUUAACGCUCCGUUGAUAUGUAAAGCCGCUUCUCGAGUCCCCUUCUCCGUGCUUAAAUACGCCAUGACCCUUGAUGGGAAAAUUGCUGCAAGUUCUGGUGAUUCAGCAUGGAUUAGUAGCAUUGCGUCUAGACAACGAGUUUUCGAAUUACGGGGAAGAAGCGAUGCUGUUAUAGUAGGAGGCAAUACCGUACGUAGGGAUGAUCCCGAACUAGCUGCAAGACAUGGAGGUGGACAUACUCCUCUUCGUGUGGUGAUGUCAAGGACUCUUGAUCUUCCUGAAGAAGCAAAGAUUUGGGACACGAGUGGUAUGCCAACCAUGGUUGUGACCCAAAGGGGUGCUAGAAGGAGUUUCCAGAAACUUCUUGCAUUGAAAGGAGUUGAAGUUGUCGAGUUCGAUAACCUAAACCCUCGAGAUGUAAUGGAAUACUUUCACGAUCGCGGGUAUCUUUCGGUUUUGUGGGAGUGUGGAGGAACGCUUGCAGCCUCAGCCAUUGGAUGUGGAAUAGUACAUAAGGUAGUUGCAGUUGUUGCUCCUAAGAUUAUUGGGGGCUGGAAUGCACCAUCUCCAGUUGGUGAACUUGGGAUGGUUGAGAUGUCUCAAGCUUUGGAACUAAUUGAUGUUCAAUAUGAGAAGGUUGGGGAGGACAUGCUAAUAAGUGGAUUUCUUCAUCCCAUAUCGGAUGUUACUCCAGUCAUCCCAUCACGAGACGAAACCCUUGCAGCUGACCCGACAGUCGCUCCCUGCGAGCCCAGUAUAAUAUCAUUUUACAAUACAUGGGAUCAUUAUGGCGCUCUUUCAAACUUUUCACCGCAUGCAAUUCAUAUCGCUAAUGAAAAUGGCAAUUAUGACACUUGGAUGACUGUAGAGCACUAUUAUCAGGCUCACAAAUUUGUUGGAGUUGACGAUCCUUUAGCUCGAGAUUUUGUGGAAAAAAUAAAAUCAACAAGAACUCCAGAGGAAGCAUUCAAGAUUGCUAGGUUAUUGCGGAAGCAACGCCCUGAUUUGGUGAGAUCUGAUUGGGAUACAGCCAAGCUCGAUGUUAUGUACCGAGCAUUGAAAUGCAAAUUUACGAGUCAUCCUAGUUUAAAAUCCAUGCUGCUAUCUACUGCUGGAUGUGUUCUAGUUGAAGCAUCGCCACAUGAUCUUAUAUGGGGUGGAGGCCGAUAUGGAGAAGGUCUAAACUACCUCGGGAGGCUGUUGAUGCAAUUGAGAGCCGAGCUCCUUGGUCAUUCGUCGAAACCGAGCGGGGACGACCCAGAACUCAAUUGAGGGAAAGAGAGAGAAUAAUCAAUAAUCACUUCAGCUAAAGGUAAUAAUAUUAUGGCUAAAAGGAGCAAUUUGCCCAUGUUUGCUGAAGUGAUAUAAAUAAGUCGAACUUUUUAAGGUUUGACCCGAAAAUAAUGACAUGCUGCUGCUGCUGCUUAUUGUAAUUCACAUUUUACAAAUGAAAUAAAAGAAGCAAUCUGCAGAUUUGGAAUACGCCAA